AUGUUUGACAAAGACAGCAACGGGACGAUAAAUACCCGGGAACUAGGCGUGGCAAUGCGCACGCUAGGAUUGAAUCCAACCGAAGACGAGAUCCUGAACAUCAUCAACGAGUUCGACGUUGACGGAAACGGCAAAAUCGACUUCGCCGAAUUUUGCCAGAUGAUGAAGGUUUUCGACAAGGAUGGCAACGGCUUUAUCACGGCCCAAGAGUUCAAGCAUUUCAUGACGACCAUGGGGGAACGAUUCACCGAAGAGGAGGUCGAUGAAAUCAUCAAGGAAGUGGACAAAGAUGGAGACGAGCAGAUAGACUAUGAAGAGUUCGUGCAGAUGAUUGCACCGAUUGUUGAAGACACCAAUCGGGAAAGGAAUCGAUACAGCGGACCUUUCCCAGACCGCCGGUAA